AUGACUCAUGUAACUCGUCACCUGUUCACCACAACCUCCUCUCGUCGCCAAGCUUCCGCAGCAGAAGCAUGCAACGAACUCAUCACACGCUUUCACAGCGGACCCGUCUCAAUCCGUAAACAGCUGCUCGAUGCAAACCAGCUCCAAUUGCUCUCCAUAACACUGAACCGCACACCAUCCUCGUUCAACCCGCCACCGACCGGCACACCGAUCCCGCCUGGCUAUCACCUUGUCUAUUUCACGCCUUCAAUCAUCGAAUCCGAGUUGGGCCUUGAUGGUACAGAUCGUACUGUGAACCCGCUAAGUCCUUUUACAAGGCGAAUGUGGGCAGGCGGCGAGUUGGCAUGGGCGCAAGAUCGGAACACGCUAUUGAGAGUGGGCCAAGAAGUCAAAGAGACAACGAGACUACUAAGUGCUGAGCCCAAAACACUGAAAAACGGCGGCGAAAUGCUUCUCGUGGGUGUUGAGAAGAGUUUCUCGAACGACCACGGUAUUGUAUUAACGGACCGCCGUAAUUGGGUAUUCCAGCGUGAGCUUACGCCUGAGAAUCCGGUGAAAGCACCGCCGAAGCCGGAGGAAAAGAAUUUACCGACUGGAGAGCAUCAAAGAGACUUUUGUCAAACGCCGACCUCGUUGUUUCGCUUCUCGGCGCUGACAUUCAAUGCACACAAGAUACAUUACCUACCCGAGUGGUGUAGAGAGGUCGAGGGGCAUAGGAAUGCUGUUGUACAUGGACCGCUUAACCUUAUCAAUAUGCUGGACUUCUGGAGGGAUACGAGUAGGGGUGGGGACACAGAAGCAGUACCUAAAUCGAUAGCAUAUCGCGCAAUGAGCCCACUAUACGUUGGCGAGCCGUAUCGGAUACUAUUGGAGCACGAGUCAGGCUCAAAUGGAUGGAAAGCAGAAGUAUGGGGCAAAUUUGGCAAGCAAAGCAUGAAAAGCAACAUUGUGGAGUAA